AUGGAUCUACGUGCCAUGUUAAACGGUCCGGACGGGGGCGCGUCGAAAAAGCAGCAACCUCCUCAGCCAUCUAUACAACCGCCGUCCUCGUCGGUCUUAACAUCGUCAGCUUCGGCCACGCCCACCACUCCGGCUCACUCUGGUCCGCCGCCUCAAUCGUUCAGAGACUAUAAUCAUUCUACCCAAGCAUCGCCCGUUUCGCAUCCUCACGAAUACCCUCCCGUCGGCGCUCCCAACCAUCCGAGUCACGCGCCAGGAUCCGCCGGCCCGUAUCAGUCACCGACCUCGUAUAACCCACCCCCAAACGCGUUCGGUGGCAGACCCCCUGUCCCUCCUCUCCAACCACCAGGAUCGCACGAUUUACGUUCGCCAGGAAGUGCCUCUAUAUCAGGACCGUCGCCGUAUCGACGCACGCCCACCUCGUCCGUCAGCACCGCAAGUGGCGGUUACCCAUUUCCCCAGGCUCAGCAACCGCCUCUAAGUCCAGUGCAAGGGCGCCAGUACGGCCCACCGAGUGCGGGUGCUGGUCCGGGUGUUGGCCCGAGUGCAGGUGGUGCCGCUGGGCCUUAUUCUCGUGAUAGCUACAGUACACAACACGGUUCUAUAUCGUACGCACACGGCCAACAACCGCAACCACUCCCACAGACACCACCCGUCGGCACUCCUGGUGGUAGCCAGCAAUAUUUGCACCAUAGAUCACAUUCUAUCCAGUCAACUCCCACGCCUACAUCUGCACAUAGUCAACCGCCGUCCUACGGGCUCCCCUACGUCCAAGGGAGUCCCGUCGCGACGACGCAUCCUCACCCUCUUCCUUUAGAUCAGCUACAACACCAACUCCAAUCGCAGGCACAGUUUCAGCAUCAGCAUCAAAGUCAACCGUCUCAACCUCCGACGCCUCUUGGGCAGCCUUUGCCGGGACCAGCGUUGCGUCAAUCGCCAGCGGCGACUUACCAGCAGCCGCCUAGCCCGUACCAAAAACGCCUUUCUACCGUUUCCGCGUCAUACCCACCCCAAGCGACGCAAACAUCGCCCAAACCACUUCCGCCAGCACCGGUCCAACGCAUGUCAAGUACUAGCAGUCACAGCACCUACGACGCUGUCGCGGAAUCUCACCGCGGGUCACAGUCUCGAAGCGAACGCGAAAGAAGCAUGAGUGUCUCACCGAAAACACGUGUAUCUAGUUUACCCAGCAACGGCGGUCAUCGCCCCCCGUCCACUAGCAGUGACGCAAAUCCUUACCAUCCUCAACCUCAACCUCAACCUCAGCCCCAACCUCAACGUCUAACGCCGGCUUCACUUAAUAAUAAUACUAUGGAACCACAACACCCGACUACCCCGGCAAAGCGAAAACUGGAGCAUCGCGAUCUCGGACCCGACGAUCUCGAGAACGACCGAAAAGCUCCUCCGCCACCUCAGAUGAACGGCAACCACGAUAUUCCACUGGCCAAGAUGGCCCAAAUUUCCGGCUCACCUGCCGUUCUGCAGCGAAAGCGUGCCAAGUACGUCCAGCCUCCGGUCUGGGCACACAGCGGCAGAGAUCGAAGCCAGGUCAUAGCGAAGAGCCGUAACUUUGCCUUGAAGCAUCACGGACGUCUACUCGCUAACGCUGGCGGGUUGGUUAACGGGCGUAACCGUAACGAUGCGACAGGAAAUGUCAAGUCGGAGCACGUAUCUCGGCAUGCCUCGCCCGAGACUACGCGGUCUACUACGGUCGUCAAAUCAGAGGAACCUAAUUACAGAGAACCGUCAGCAUUCGGCGGUCAGCCGUUCCCGUGGGAGCCUAGCAUCGGUAACGAGACGCCCAAGAACAUCGUCUCUCGCGAAGUCGCGGACUUCUUGGGCAUUCACGUCUUGCAAUAUCCUCAUAUUGAAGAGGUCCAGAGCCGAGGCGCGCAGUUCGAGAUCGAAGCCAAGCUCGGUACCAUCAUCGACAAGCAGACCAACGACCGCAUCUACUUUCCCGAGAUAAGAGCCGGCGAAUGUGUAUUGAAUGGCGGCAGGGUCGCGUUUCGUAGUUCGAUGACCGAGCACCAACACAGUGAACUCAAUAACUAUUUAAACGACCAAGUCAAAGCUUCGUUCCCCCGGAACCCCACGGCAGCUAGUCGCGUCCAGGUUCACUACGUACAUCGCAAGGAGGUCGACCGAUUCUUCGAGCUCUCGUCCCAUAUCCGCCAACGAAUCCCCGGUUGCAUCUCCGGUCUACUGCCGCCGAGCAUGCCUGUCAAGGCACGUGUCACGUACGAUUCCCAGAAGCCUGAUAAGGUGUUGGCCAAGAUAGUGAAGGGACGGAUCGCCGACCUAAACAUACACUUCCCGCAUUUGCCCCUAGACUGUCGUAUAAGUAUCAAUAUAGAAUGGGACUGGGAUGGCCCCGCAGAAGAGAUCGAGAGUUAUCAGAACCCGAACAAGGAGCGGGCGCCCGAUCGGAUCAAGGAUCGACUAAGCUACAAGCACGGCUUCUACCAGAUCGAUCUAACCCAAGUGACGCAAGGACACCCGACCUCGGGCGGCCAAUUGCUGCAACCGCAUCUCGGCGCCGCGAAAGAGCACGAACUCGAAGUCGAAUUGGAGGCCCGUCCACUGAUCGAACAUGGCCGCAUGCUCAUACGGCGAGAGCCGAACCGAUAUGAGGACUUGGUCGACGGUCUUGUUAAUAACGUGCGUCUGCUGGCUAGACAGUGUCCGCCGCAGCCGUAGUGAUCACUCGAGCCGGCGGGGAAAGGAUGUAGGCGUGGGUACAUAGGAGUCUGAGGGAGCAGAAAGUAUCUGCUAUGAAUAGCUGUGCGCAAUUAGUAAAUAACAUGGAACAUCCUGUUUUCGAGUCUUGAAACAGGAUGAGUAGAAUAUGAUGGCGGUCGGAAAAGCAAAGGACUUCCUGUUAUCUUGAUUUUCUCAGAACGUGAUACCGGUUCGGAGUCGGGCAAUUGACACGACGUCGGAGUUUGUCUGGUCGGUUCGCAUUGUUUUGCAUUGACGACGUCGAUGGCAUGGCAUGAUGAAUUAAAACGCGAGGCGCCUUGUUUUGCCGCUCUUCCACUCAUAAACCUGAUCUGUGCUAAAGUGAGAUGUCGACCUUUGAUCCGCAAGUCGGAGUAAGCAUGUUAAAAUCUGACUCCAUCGGAAGGAACCUAACCAAGUUCAUGACAACCCGGACAGGGUAGGUAGAUAGGUAGUCAAGGAAAAGGAAUCUGGUAAAGCCCCUGUUGAUGAUCUUAUGAAUAGGUACAGAAAAGCUCGAGUGACAUCUACGUUAAUAGCACUGAAAACGACAUCCCAAGUGAAAACACAUCCAUUAAUAUACAUGUCGCC